CAUAAAGUAUGAGCUCCACUGAUCCCUGCAGGAGAAUACAAUAAGUCGUGACAUCAUGAGUGCUCCAACAACAGGAAGCCCAAAUAUGGAGGUGACGGUGGUAUCCCAGGAGAUGGCAUUGCUUAGCAACAUACUGGCAGCUUACACCUUCAUUGCAGACCAACCAGAGAGGACAGCAUUAGUGUUUCUGGGAGGUGUUUGCGUCGGCCUUCUUGUCACACUCUGUGCCAUCGUCUUCCAGAUACACUGCCGAGCAGACUGCCACUAUGGCAACAGUAACCACCCUCACCAACGCCACAGGAACAGACAUCAUCACCGUCGUCAUCACAGCUGUCCCCACCAUCAGCCCAUUGACAGUAAUCCAGACAGCACUGCUGUUGUUACCUCUGGUGGGACUGGGCCUGCUGGGGACAGCGAAUCAGAGGACUGGGAUGACACGUCUGACCUAUCGGCACGGAGACGCAGACGCUUUGAGAGAGCUCUGCUGCAUGCCACCAUGUUCACAUCAGCUGAGGAGCUGGACCGGGCCCAGCGGCUAGAAGAGCGUGAAAGGAUUCUCCGAGAGAUCUGGAUGAACGGACAACCAGACAUCAGUACAGUCACUCAAAGCCUCAACAGAUAUUAUUGACACAUAAUCUAGCAGGCAAACAAAUGGAUUAAAGGUGAAUAAAUAAGUAAACAAAUGGGGGAAAAAAACACUGGAUGAAAUUAACAUAAAGCAUACUCUUGGGAGCGCUGUCUGCACUGCACCAAAGAGAUCAAACUAUUACUGACAGCACUGCCCGGAGCAGUCCCCUCCAUGGUGUGAACAACAAGGAAAACAUAUGAGUUGUGAAGACCCAGUCCUUCAAUACAGGAUGACACUGAAGUGUUUAGCGGAAGAAUGUCCUCGUGCUCCAAAAAAGCCAACAAGUAAAGACACAACGAACCUACAGAGCACACACUGCAAUAUGUAACUGCUGCCACAAAGUGGCUUUUGGUGAAAGGAAUUUUAUAACUUAUCAAAUGUUUAACAGGUGCUUUUAAGAAACUUGGAGCUUGUACAGAUGAGGCAUUGUGCUGCAGCUCUUCAUGAGUGUAUGGAUUCAAAUAUAGGUAAUACUGUGUUGUUACACAUUUCUCAGCUCAUCCUUUCUUUGUUUGUAAAGUUGAUACAAUCAAGUGGUGUUAAUUGGAACCCAAAUUAAACGUAACAUAAAUCACAAUAUAAACGUAACAUAAACAUAAAAUACAGAAGAAUAAAAUGGGGAGAGACAUUUGCUCCGUGUUGAGAUGUAUUUACACAUACUGGUGCUUUUACUGCUGUAAUUCUGCAUCCCCAGAUAAAGUGAAUGCACACUUAUAGGAAGGACACAAAAUGGUCUGUAGGUUGAAUCAGUAGGUGUUGUUGCACAUUAGGUCAGCAGGUCUUCAUGUUUGACAGGAUCAUGCGGCCUUGCUUUGGCUCAUGUGAUAAUGAGCUGGAAAAAAAUAAUAAACUUUUUUUGUUU